AUGGUGACUGAAGUGUUGCUGUCUUUGAAAGUCGACUUGCAAGCGCAAGAUCAUCAAGGACUGAUGCUACUCGACAUCGUGAUACGGGAAAAAGUGCCAGAUGUCGCCAAUUUGCUCUUAGGCAAUGGUGCCGUUUCCAGAAUAAAGACCCAGAGUAGUCUUGCUACACCGUCGAUCCAAGAACUGCAAUUGCAGGUGGAAAUUUCAUCAUCAACAUCCUUCUAUAUUCCUCACAAACCUAAAGAUCAGUUGCAAGCCGCUUUCUUAAUCAAGGUCGCGUCUCAAAGAAGUCUACCCCCAUCCAUAAUUGGAUACAUCUUCGACAUCGCCGAGUACUGGAUCCAGUCUAAAGUCCAAGUUGCUCGUCCAAUGCUUAUUGACGAACGAACAGUCUUUGCUGUUCAGUACGCCCGCACACCACCAAUAAAAGGCUAUCCAGGUUGGCCCGUCCGCCAGCUAAUCUUCAAAGCAGUCUCUUAUGAGGAGAACAUCCACAUCCACAACCAGAAACAGGCAGAGGGCACCAGUGACCGCGCAUACACCUGGUGGGAGGCAGCCAAGGUCGAGGCCACUGGCCCGGAUUCAAAAGAAGCGGUUGGCCCAAUUUUCCAAACGGGCCCGAUUUGCUUCUGGAAUAUGCACAUGGGGUCCCAGCAGGCACAGACACAUUCAUGUACGUGGCCUAGGCAUGGGCAUAUGUUGAGCGAGUGUGGUGGAGAGGAAUUUUCAGGUAGAGGAGAGCCGGUAGUGUUUUACUGGAGCCAGGAUACAAUUUCUGCCGGGUGUUUGCAUUGGAUACGUGAGCUGCGGCCUGGGAUGAGGAUUGCGCUUAUACCGAAGGCCUCGUUCUCGAAUAAGAUCAACCGUGUCUUUCGAGCGGAGAUGAUGAUGUAUUUAGAGGAUUGGAUUUAUGACACAAACAAUAACCUCACGCCCCGAGAACCUGGCGCUAUCAUUGAGUAUCUGGUGGAACGGUACGAUACCUCUCGCAAAAACAGUUUUGAGCCUUGCUCUAAAGAAGCCCAACUGGCGCGUCAGUGGCCGUUCUUCCAGGCUUCCGGCCAAGGUCCAUACUAUGGCCAGGCGUGCUGGUUUAAAAAGUUCCACCCCGAGAGGGUGCCCAGUGCGUUGCAGCGCUGUGUGAACGAGAUUAACCGGGUCUCGGGGAUUGAAGAAGACGGGUAUGAUGUGAAUAAAUGUCCUUUUGUGAAAGGUUGGUUGGACCGCAUGUGGAGCCGGGAGCCUGCAAAGAAUGUGAUUGAAGAAGCUCAGAAGCUGUAA